CGGAUUCUAUCCCACCAUGUGUGUCACCAUGUAGGAUGCCUGGACCACACCUGCCCACUUUGUGCUAUUAGCUCUUUUGCAAAACGAUAGUAAUGUAUUAUGUUAUUUUUAUAUAUAUUAUACAUAUGACUAUGCGAAACGGAAGAAACCCUGUUGAGCUAUAAAUAGCCACCAAUGCCCAGUUGCCACAUUCACACAUACACAAAAAUAGAAGCAAAUAGAGCUCUAGUUUUGAGAAACCCCAUGGCAGAAAGAGCAAAAGGACGACCCUCAGAUGCACUUAGCGUGAUGGUCAUUGAUGAAGAUGAGUUUCAUGCCAACUCUGCAAAAUCCAUGCUCUCUGAAUUGAACUAUUAUGUGGCAGUAUAUACAAGUCCCAUAGAAGCACUCGGUAUUCUUGAAAAGAAAGCACAUGAUGUUGAUUUCAUCAUGGCAGCAGUGGACAUGGAAGAAUUGAAUGGCUUUCAGUUCUUGGAAGCUGCCAAAGAUAUGCAUAGAAACCUUCAAGUGAUUAUGAUGUCAACAGAAACAACAAUCUACACAAUGAAGAGAUCUAUUCAACUUGGUGCUCUUUUUUGGCGAAGAAGCCUCUUGAUGCUAAUACCAUUCACAAUAUGUGGCAACAUCUUGAUGUAAAAGUUCUUAGGCUGAACAGGAUGAAGUAUCUAUUUCAAGGUCAAAAUUAA